AUGCUGGAGACACUGGGCUUCCUCUUGCUUCAUGUAGCAUUGGUACUUGGUUGUGGCAGACCUGCAGUUCAGCCGGAUACAAAUCGGGUGGUCAAUGGGGAGGAUGCUCGACCUCACAGCUGGCCCUGGCAGAUCUCCCUGCAAGUCAAGCACGGCAGUCGCUACCACCACACGUGCGGAGGAACCUUGGUGGCACCUCGUUGGGUGUUAACCGCUGGGCACUGUAUCUGGCCUGGAGACAAUUACCGUGUUGUGCUAGGAGAACACGACAUGACCCAGCAGGAAGGUACAGAGCAGAUCCGUGAGAUCCUACGCAUCGUCGUUCACCCCAAAUGGGACAUCGAUCAUGUAUCCGACGGGAAUGACCUGGCACUGCUGAAGUUGGAUAAGAGUCCCAUCAUGUCUGACAGCAUCAGCCCUGCUUGUCUGCCAGUGGCCGGAGAAAUCCCCGCCCACGGAGCGGUGUGCUAUAUCACCGGUUGGGGUAACCUUUACAGCCACGGUCCGAUGCCGAACAAGCUGCAACAGGCAUUGCUGCCUGUAGUGCAGCACAGCGUCUGCAAACAAAGCGACUGGUGGGGGAUCAACGUCAAGACCACCAUGAUCUGUGCAGGCGGGGGUGCCGUUUCAGGGUGCAAUGGCGACUCCGGUGGCCCGCUAAACUGCCAGGGCGAAGACGGCCGCUGGUACGUGCAAGGCGUCACUAGCUUCGUGUCAUCGAGAGUGUGCAACGAAGCAAAGAAGCCCACCGUCUUUACGCGCACCUCCGCUUUCGCACAGUGGCUCAGCGAAGUAAUGCAGCGCUAUUAA